AUGGAAAAAACAAAAAUAGAGGCCCUCUUCAUCUACGACGAGGAUGUGAAAAAGGCCGACAAGUCCGUCACAGAUGAAGAGCUACAGGCAGAGAAGGUAAUCUACUACUACCCACACGAAACAGAUGAGCAAGUGAAAGUAACGCACACGAGCACGAUGGAAGGCGUUUCUGCCUUCCUCUCCCAAUUCAGUAAAUCACACAUGGAUCAUAUAAUAACAAAAGAAAAUUUAAUUGUCAUUAAUAAAUGGUAUAAGCGUAUAUUCGUAACGGUCGUUGUGAAAAAUAUUUACAAAAAUGAAAAAAUGGAACUCCUCAUGUGUAAGUUGCUGCAUUCAGUUUUGAACAACUUCAUCUCGACCUUCACCCUGCUACACGGACACGUCCGGACCUUCUUGAAGUAUAAGAAAAACAAAACGACAGGCAAUAUGAACAGAAAAACGAGCCUCCAGACCCUCUUGGAUGAUUAUGUGUUUACCUACGUUAACACGAUUAACAACGAGUGUGUGAGUAUUCAUAACGGCCUACAAAGUUUUCAUUUCUUCCCAGUGGAAAAGCAUACCUACAUUACUGUGCAGAACCUCAUUUCGUCCCUAAUACUAGGACAGAAGCAGAUAAAGCACGGCUGCCUAUUGUACGAAGGGCACUUGGUUUACUCAAGCCUUGAAAUGAGCGACACAAAAAUGAUAUACAAUUAUUUGGUGUCCUACGGUGGAACGGUAAACAAUUUUAAGUUAAAUCAUCACCCGUUUAGGAAAAUUGCAUCCUCCGCUGCCAUCAACGCAAAUGGAGGCUUGUCCAGCUUCGCCCGAUGCAACACGAUCGAAGAGAAAAAUGCCUUUCUCCUGGGGAUCAAGAAAUCGUCCAUCUACAUGCCAGUGGUGAGUCUCGGUACAGAAAAGAAGUACAAACUGAUGGCAUUCGUUUACAAAGGUAUCCUCCUCGUACUGCUCAUCAAGGGGAGCACCAUCAAGGAUGAAGACUAUGACAUUCUAAUCGAUAUACAAAACAAAUGUACAAAUGAAAACUCGAGUAGCAUAUAUAGCUUGUCUAAGCUGAACGAAAUCCUUUCUGUGCAAUUUAAAAAAUAUUUAAAUCAGGAUGACCCAGUCAAGUACCUCUAUUACAACCACUCUAGUAAUUCACUUAAGUACUCCAUCAACAAUAAAAAAAUAAAUAAUGAGGAGCUUUUCCUAGUUGCUGAUUUCCAUUUCCUAUUUGUGGAUUCAGAAGUUAAGCAAAACAAAAUAAAAUGGAACAAAAAGGAGUCCUCCAUGGAAAAGGAAAAGGGGCAUUUGUCAAAGGCACUUUUUAAUUUUGAGAAUCAGUGCAUUAAUAAAGAUGCUUCAAAAAAUGGACUACCGCCAGAGGGGGAGAGUAAUAAACUGACUGAGCAGUGUUCGCUCGCUAAAGAAACUGUAACGGGGGAAAAUAAAACAGACAGUUCCGCUCAACAUUGUGGGUAUCGUGAACAGGAUGGUAAAGGAGGGAACACCAGUGACGUGGACAAUGAGCAAGUGAAAACAUCCCUCAUGGAGGAUCCCCAAGUAAACGAUGAACAUACCCUUAAUAGUGCCCACUUAACAAGUGAGCGAAAAGGAGAAACGAAGGAUCCCCCUGUAGAAAAUGAUACCGUAAAAAAGUGCCAACCGACUGCAAGCGAAACAGAGACAGAAAAAGUGCUCACCGCGGCAGGGGCUAAUGCUGGGGGAGAGAAAAAAACAAAACUGAAAUUAGUGUACAACGAGGAGUUAAGGAAGAAGCUGUUUGAAGAUACCAGUGAUGAUGUGAAAAUUGAGAAAAUAUUUUACAAAGAGGCAAGUGGGCCUUGGGUUUUUGCCAAGAAGACCAUGCAGAGGGAACUUUUUAUUUUCCCCGACGACUCGAAAAUUUCCCUCUCCAAGGCGCAGCACGACGUGCGCCAUUUAAUGGACCUCAAUUUUGCAAACAUAUACGUUUAG